UCGGUCUCUCAGAGUCACAGGUAGAGCAAAGCAGACAAUAAUGAAAUCCCUCAUACCACGACACCUCAAACUCCAACUCCCGCACUCUUCCCAAGCAUUCUUCUCUUAUUCUUCUUCAUCAGCAUCGUCUUCUUCUUGUUGCCGUUCUCUAACCGAAGAUGAAUUGGCUAAGAUCAACCUCCUCCUCCCACGCCUCUGCCUCUCCGACGACCUCAAAACCGCAACCCGUCUCGCCACCGCCGCCCUCCUCACGAACCCACCUCCGAAAUCCCUCUCUCUCUCUCCCCUCCUCCUCUUCCUCGCCUCCCUCCCCAACGACACCUCUCUCCCCAUGUCCCUCCUCACCCGCCUCCGCCACUCCCCUCCCUCCCACCACCGCCACGUCGUCCCCAUCGCCACCGCCCUCGCCUCCUCCUACUUCCGCGCCGCCAAUCCCAAGCAGGCCUUCAAGCUCUUCAACUGGCUCGUCAGGCCCGGCUCGCCCUUCGUUCUCGAUCGCACGUUUUGUGGGGUUUUGGUUAAUGGGCUUUGCCGCAACGGGAUGCUGCUUGAGAGUUUGAAGGUCUUGAGGGCAAUGGUGGCCUCCUCCAAUGGCGGUAACCGAUGUGAAGAAAGUUUUGGAAGGUUGAUUUGUAGGGGAUUCUUGAGGGAAGCGAGGGUUUGGGAGGCGGUGGAGUUGAGUCAGGCUUUGGAUUAUCAUCAUCAUCGGGAUGAAGAUGAUAAUAAGGUUUUGCUGGUGUUGGAUCGGAUUAUUCAGAACUGGACUGAUUAGUUACCCUACAGCAUCUUGCAAAUUGAUCUUUAAGAGAUGUCGAAUAAUAUAGCUGUUCUCGCACCAAAAUGAGGAUUUUUGUCACAGAUGAAGAGUAGUUCUUGAGGUGUUCUUAUUGUCCUUGUGUUUAAGGAAACUCCUCUGUUUUGAAUGCAAUGCAAAGCGUGAUUGCAAAAAUGUUUGGCGGAGCCGGAAGUCUUGUAGAGCUUCUCCCUGCAAGCAACUGCAAGUAGAGCUCCAACAUUAUCUUGUCUUUUCUUGGCCUCCUGUUUUUGGAUCAUCCGACGACGCACGAAAAACCUGUGUGGAUUGUUUUCUCAUCCCUUCAUGCUACGGAAACUAAGAGCAGAUUCUACGAGACGCAAGGCUAUGAAGACAACAUGCUUAUCUGCAUUUCUUUAGCUGUAUGCAGGAAUUGAAGCUGUUUCACCCCGAAUAUAUAUAUAUAUAUACACACAUAUAUAUAUAUCUAUA